CCCCGCUUGGCAUGGCCGCGAGAGAAGAGCUGUACAGCAAAGUCACCCCGCGGAGGAACCGCCAGCAGCGCCCCGGCACCAUCAAGCAUGGAUCGGCGCUGGACGUGCUCUUGUCCAUGGGCUUCCCCAGAGCCCGCGCGUAAGUAGCCGGGCUUGCAGCCCUUGCGACCCCUCCCGUCCCAAGCGGCAGACCCUCGGCUUCGCUCCAGCUCGCCUCCCGGCGCCUGCGGGACGGGCGGCGCGCUCCCCGCUGCCCACGUCCUGUUGAGGGCAGGAUGGGCGCGCAGGAGCCCGGCUCUCAUCUCCUCCCCACCGGGGUGCAGGGGAAGAUGCCGCGCGGGAGCGCUGUACGGGGGACUUGCUGGGAAUGCCUAAGACAAAAAGCCUUGGCAUCCACAGGAGGAAGAAGUGUUCAGGCAGCAUGUGACUGGUUAUUCUCCCACGUGGGCGACCCCUUCCUGGACGAUCCUCUACCCCGGGAGUAUGUGCUCUACCUCCGCCCCACUGGCCCCUUAGCACAGAAGCUCUCUGACUUUUGGCAGCAGUCGAAGCAGAUCUGCGGGAAGAACAAGGCACACAACAUCUUCCCCCACAUCACCCUCUGCCAGUUCUUUAUGUGUGAGGACAGCAAAGUGGACGCCCUGGGGGAAGCCCUGCAGACCACUGUCAGUCGCUGGAAAUGUAAGUUCUCAGCACCCCUGCCCCUGGAGCUCUAUACCUCCUCCAACUUCAUCGGCCUCUUCGUGAAGGAAGACAGUGCAGAGGUCCUCAAGAAGUUUGCAGCUGACUUUGCUGCGGAGGCAGCAUCUAAAACUGAAGUACAUGUGGAACCUCAUAAGAAGCAGCUGCAUGUGACCCUGGCUUACCACUUCCAAGCUAGCCACCUGCCCACCCUAGAGAAACUAGCUCAGAGUAUUGAUGUCAAACUAGGGUGUGACUGGGUGGCUACCAUAUUCUCUCGGGAUAUCCGAUUUGCUAACCAUGAGACAUUACAGGUGAUCUACCCCUACACGCCACAGAAUGACGAUGAGCUGGAGCUGGUCCCUGGGGACUUCAUCUUUAUGUCUCCCAUGGAGCAGACCAGUACCAGUGAGGGCUGGGUCUAUGGCACAUCCUUAACCACCGGCUGUUCCGGAUUGCUGCCUGAGAAUUACAUCACCAAGGCUGACGAAUGUAGCACCUGGAUAUUUCAUGGUUCUUACUCCAUCUUAAAUACAUCAUCUUCCAAUGCUCUGUCAUUUGGUGAUGGCAUAUUGGAGAGGCGGCCAUAUGAGGACCAGGGCUUGGGAGAGAUAACUCCCCUGACUAUCAUCUGCCAGCCCACACAGCCUCUGAGGGUCAACAGCCAGCCUGGCCCUCAAAAGAGAUGCCUCUUUGUAUGUCGGCAUGGUGAGAGGAUGGAUGUUGUGUUUGGGAAGUACUGGCUAUCCCAGUGCUUUGAUGCCAAAGGCCGCUACAUACGCACCAACCUGAACAUGCCUCAUAGCUUACCUCAGCGGAGUGGUGGUUUCCGGGAUUAUGAGAAGGAUGCUCCGAUCACGGUAUUUGGAUGUAUGCAAGCAAGACUAGUGGGUGAAGCCUUAUUAGAGAGUAACACCAUUAUUGACCACGUCUAUUGUUCCCCAUCCCUGCGCUGUGUUCAGACUGCAUUCAACAUCUUGAAAGGUUUACAACAAGAAAAUCACUUGAAGAUCCGUGUAGAGCCUGGCUUAUUUGAGUGGACAAAAUGGGUUGCUGGGAACACAUUACCUGCGUGGAUACCUCCAUCAGAGUUAGCUGCAGCCAACCUGAGUGUUGAUACAACCUACAGACCUCACAUUCCAGUCAGUAAAUUAGUGGUUUCAGAAUCUUAUGACACUUAUAUCAGUAGAAGUUUCCAAGUAACAAAAGAAAUAAUAAGUGAAUGCAAAAGUAAAGGAAAUAACAUCCUGAUUGUGGCCCAUGCAUCUUCCCUUGAAGCAUGUACCUGCCAACUUCAGGGCCUGUCUCCUCAGAACUCCAAGGACUUUGUACAAAUGGUCCGAAAGAUUCCAUACUUGGGGUUUUGUUCCUGUGAGGAAUUGGGAGAAACUGGACUAUGGCAGCUGACAGAUCCACCUAUCCUUCCUCUUACCCAUGGACCCACUGGGGGCUUCAACUGGAGAGAGACCUUGCUACAAGAAUGAACCAUAUCAGUGAACAAAAAAAGACAUUAGAAAGCCUUUGGGAGAAGUGUCUUUUUGUGUGUUUAGUAACAGUGGAAAAUCUGCACCAUAUUCUAAGCGGACAGCUCAGAAUAAUUUAGCGUAUUUCCUUUCAUGCUUUAAAAUUCUUGUGAUGAGACUGUGUGAAUAAGAGAAAGACUUGAUUCAGGGAUAAAAUCAUUCUCUCUGGACUCUUACCUGGCUAACAAGGCUUUCAAGAAUUGUCUUCCUAAGUCGAGUCACUGCUGCGGCAGAGGAUAUAGUCUUACUUCAAUCUAAGCAUGGCCAAGGACCCGGAGUCCUCCCAAAGGGAGCUUCCAGCCCAUCCCUAGGAAGGAUGCAGGAGGAAAGAGUACAUCCAAAAGUCCAGAGGGAUACUGCACUGCCAGUUUGGUGAUGGGAUUUUCUUAACUCCAUGUUCCAGUUAGGCAAAGCCAAGCUGAGGAAUUCUUUUCAGGUUAUUGGAAAACAUGCCCCGCACAGAGUUAUUCUUAGGUUGCACUUCAAAUUCUGUCCUCAGUAUGACCCAUACACCAGUGCUGCUGGCUGCAGACGCCUGCCUAAGGACUCUAACAUUUACUCUGGUACUGCCACAUUUUCUCUAGAGCAGCUGGCUACAGCUUUUUGCAACAGCCCUUCCCCCUUGCUUCUAUAUGUGAAAUAGGGAGACAAAGCACUUUUGGAUAUUCAGGCAGAAGAUAUGAUAAGUGUGUGAUGUAUUCAAUUGUAGGAGCAAAGAACUUACAAAAUAUAAAGUGACUUGGAAUCAUCCGCAUUGUACCCGGAAGAGCCACAGCACCGUGGCUGCUUCUCUUUGGCCCUAGAGUCUGGUGUAUGGUAACUAGUUAAGGAAGUUGACAUUUUGCAAGGAUGUGUGUUAGAUACAUGACUUGAGUCAGCAAAAAGCUCAUUCUUGUGCAAUAUGGAUAUCUUUCCAAAUCAUACCAAGGGUUACGUCGUUGUCCACUUACAUACAGUUCGUGUCAAUCAUAACAGGACAUCCACAAACAUGUCAAUUAUACCAGGGAUGUAUAACGAAGUCAGGGAACUAAUUUUAAAUGAUGACAGUCACAACUGCACUGCUACUUGAGCUGUUGUUUUCUGUUUGUUUUUCUAUGAUAAUUUAAAAUAUGUAGGUAAAGCUAGUUAAGGAAAAUUGGGAGAACUACAUCCUGUGGUUUCCCAUCACACCUGCUUCCUGAAUUCAGAGGGAACUUAUUUAAAAGAAAAAUAAAUGACAAUCAAGCCAAAACAUCAGUUAUCAAUGUCUAUUUAAUUGUGUGACUAGCUGACUGCUGAUGGCUGCAGACAAUAGUCUGGUAUAGUAUAGUCCAUUGUGUAGAAUAUGUGUGCAAAAUGAAAUCCCAGCCACUUAAAGGGAACGUUAGUGUAAAACAAAUCAAUAUACAUUGUAACAUUGAAUAAGCCUCAAAACCCCAAUGCAUAAAACAUGAUAUAUAAAAAUAGAUCUAUGCCUCUGUUUGAAAUGGGAAUUUGAGGAUUCCUGAGAAGAAAAGGGAGUGACGGGAUGAUGGCUAUGUAUGUUAGUCAGCAAGAGGAUUAUAAUUCGGUUUUUCUUAAGUCUUUUAAAGAAAUUUUAUAAAUUUUACAUUUGAAAAAAUCUAGCAUUGCACACACACUGAUUUAGUUUUUGGGUAUAGAAAUAACUCUAUGCUGACAUCACUGAUUAAUAUAAAUGUUUUAACCUUAAAACAGGGGAAAUAUUCCCGUUAGAGGUUUUAAGAGAAAUGUCACAUUACAGCUAAUGUAAUGUCCCUGCCAUUCAUUCUUUUAUCUGUAAAAAAAUGAAUGCACUGUUUAAUCAGAUCUGUAAUGUUGAUUAGAUUCUCCACAAAUAUUCAUGGAUUUUCAAUGCUCAGAAUAAUGCUUGAACACCUCACAUGCGAUUUCCUUCAAAAUAGUAACAGUGGGCUACUGUUUUGGGCUGUGUCUGUACUUACACAGAAGAAAGUUCAAAAUAGGUCAUCCUCUCCCUCCCUCUAGGUCAGGGGUGUCCAAACUUUUUUCAACGUUUUUCACCAAUGCCAUAUGCGGUAAAAUACACAAACAAACAGCCGGGCCACUCACUCAAGGUGAAGUACGUAUUGCCUCACCAGGUAUAUUUAAGUAAACUAAAUAUAUUUUUGGAAUUUGCUGUGGGCCAAUUAACAAUGGAUUGUGGGCCGCAGUUUGGACACCCCUGCUCUGGGUUGUCUUAGUCCUGUGAUGACCUGAUAGGUCAGUUUACCUGGGCUACAUACAAUCCAUUGUCCUUAGUCCAGUACAGACAGAGCCUUAGGCUACAUGAACAAAAGGAGGCAGAGAUCUGAAAUCAUUUUCUGAUUAAUUUAGGUGGAAAACCCUGAGUAAAUAAAGAGUUUAUUCCUCCACUUUAAUUAUCCAGGUUGUUUAUCAAAAUGGCCUGAAUAAUCUGAAUUCAUAUUAAAUUCUCUUCACAUUUACCUAUUUAAACAACUAAAUUUGGACUUUAACUGAGAUACUCUUCGGAAAGCAUGUUGAAUCUAUGUGUAAUAAAAGAAACAUGAUUUCAUAUUAAUCCAAAAACUCUAGGUUGAUACUACAACCUGUUCAGGCUGGUUCUUGUUGAACUGAGCCUGAUGCUUAUUAAGAACAAACGUUGAUGGGGGGAAGGGGAAGGAAGGAAGGAAGGAAUUUAGGAAAUGCCAGACAAGAAGAAACAAAUGGUUUCUUAUAGAGAGGACUUUUUUUUUUUUAAUGUAGAAAGUUAUGUGGACAUAACAGACAAACUCAGUUUGUAAACAAACUGAGAUGAAAUUAAUUGAAGGAUUUAAUCUGGGAUUGAAAGUCUGAAACAGUUCACUGCUUAUACAACUCUGCCACAUCAAUCCGCUAAUACCCCAGUAUUAUUCAUAGAUAGGACUUUGGUUUCUGUGAUUUUAAAAUGCCACAUCUAUUCCUCUGUGGACUAGAGUAAUUGGCACAUUUUAAUGCACAAGCUGGGAGUUUCAUUUUUCCAGGCUCUCUUCUCCAUCACUGCAGUGGUAGCUAGGAGUUUAUUGCUUCACCUCAGUAUGGAGUUCAGAAUACAGUGUUUUCCAUUACAUUUAGAUUCAUAGAAUCUGAAUGGCUGAUUAAAUGGCCAUCUGAUGGCUAAAAGAGGGAGGUAUUUUUCACCCUGUAGUGAAAGGCUUCCAAGAGUUUCUACUUUUUAUUUGAAUUAUACUUUAACCAAAGAAUUAUUUUAAAAUAACCUUAUAUUUGAAAGAUGAUUUUGCAAAAAAUAAAAAUAAAAAAUCAUAUCUUGGAGUGAUGUCGGUUUGAUAAGUUACUGUUGAUGAUUUUCUUGCAUUUUAGGCUGAUGUGGUUAUUUUCCUGUCAGUGGUAUUUGGAAUGCAUAAUGAUUGUCAUCCAAUUGUGUUUAACAUUACUAUAAUGUAUCUUUUCCACUCAACUAGCUGCAUUUGUAUUAGACAAAGCCUCUUAUUUCAAUCACCUAGUGUCAUUGGGAACUAACUGAAGAGCUAGCGUGAGAGAAGCUCCUACCUCAUUGCCUUUGUAGAAAAGGCAUCCCUGUGUAGUAAAGAGGGAGGCACUCCUCCGGAACCUAGGCACUCUGCCAUGCCAGUGUUGGUAUGAAAGCAGUGAUGAAUUGCUCUUUUGAAUUUACUCUGAGUGAUGCGUGCGUUAGAAUGCAGAUGAACCUCCUUGAAUUUUCACAGGCACAAUCACAAUUGUACUGUGUCUGCACGAACUUCUUAGAUAAUGAGGCACAGGUUUAUUUGCAUUUAAAUUGUAGCCCCCACACGUGUGAGAACUCAGGCACCAGUAGCCUGCCUCGCCAGGAGGGACGCAACUGGCAGAGAAGGGUGGGAAAAGGAGUGAUUUAGCAUCUACUUAGGUUAAUACUUUACAAAGGUGAUGGUGGCGUUUUGUUAGGUGCUGGCAGAUGCUUUACAUCUUAAAACAAAGGAUUAAAAUUGGAUUUGCUUCUCUUUAAUACUUCAACAUACUGAAUUUUCCUAGGAAAGUGACUAGCUGUAAUGAAAAGUGAAGAGAAGGAAAAAGAUUGCCUUUAAAAACAGGAAAUAACUUGAUUUUUAAAUACAUAAAAUAUUAUGUGUAGUGUAUGUAGGUUUAAAAUCAUAGUGAUGAGUAGUCAAACUUAAAAUACAUUUCAGUUCUUACAAAUGUUUUACAUGGUACCACUUAGCUGCCAUUACUCCCACAAAAAUUGGAAUUUUGCAGCUGUUUAACUAUUCUUGGACUCUGCACAGGGUACAUAUGCAUAAUGGGAAAUGUGUACUGGUUCUUUCUUUGAUUGCCACUCAAGAUGAGAACACCAUCCAAAGCAUUUUGGUUAUAUGCACAGACCAUUCUAAACCUGCUGUUUUUGAAGGUAUAUUGGUUUCCUUUUCAUUUGUAAGGCUAUUGUAUCAUUUCUUUUCUAUGUGAUUCAGGUGUAUUUAUUUGUAAAAAGAGGUCUGUAUAAAAAAGAAAUCACACCUAAUUGUAUUGCCAAAUUCUUUGUAAACUACCUAUGGCUUUUGUGCUUCCCCGGCUGUGUGCUCUUCCUCUAGAUACAGCUCUGGCACCAUUGUAAUUUAGUUCAUUCCAUUCCACGAGCAUCUCCAUUUAAGUUGUCCAUCGAUAAUUUAAUAAAGAGGAACUGUGUCGUCAGUCAAUCCA